AGGAGGAAAGGCUGCGAGCGUCCAUCCGUAGGGAAUCCCAGCAGAGAAGGAUGCGCGAGAAACAACACCAGCGGGGCCUGAGCGCCAGUUACUUGGAGCCCGACCGCUACGACGAAGAAGAAGAAGGAGAAGAGGCCAUCAGCCUGGCAGCCAUCAAGAACAGAUACAAAGGCGGGAUACGAGAGGAGCGCGCUCGAAUUUAUUCUUCAGACAGUGACGAUGGUUCGGAUGAGGAGAAAGCCCAGAGGUUGCUCAAGGCGAAGAAGCUCAACAGUGAUGAGGAGGGUGAGUCUUCCGGUAAGAGAAAAGCCGAAGAUGACGAGAAGGUCAGCAAGAAACAGAAGAAAUACGUGAUCAGCGAUGAUGAAGAUGAAGAUGUGUAAAGGGCAUGGACUCUGAACUUGGGUGAUAGUUGUUGUUUUUUAAAAAAAACACCA